AUGGCUGCAGAUACGGCCGAAGCGCAGCCGCGCCAAAGCCUCGAGUUCGUCGAGAGCUCUGUUCUGGAAGCAGUUGUUCCUGCAAAGUCUGAAAUCGACAUCAAAACCGCCAUCGAGUCUUGGGAUGGUGCGGGACAUGAUGAUGGGUCCAUUCUACCUUUCCUAGAGCAGCGACAGGUGCUUCUCCUCGAUUCUACCCUCAAGGGAUAUCUUGAAAGAUUGGUGGUCAAUGUGGAAGCAUUCGCCUUCAGCACUGCUCCCCCACCUGAGCAAGACCCCAAAUCAGGAACCCUAAAGGAACUCAUAUAUUCUGGUACCAUCAAACCUUCAGACGAGCCUAGCAUUGUGUGUCACGGUGAAGGUGGUAAUGCUCAUACCUUUGUCAUCUGGAAGGUUGAUAUCUUCAUUGUCCGUCCUCAGGGCAGAUUUCACAAGCCCGCAGUUUACUUCCAACCCACGGCCUCCUUUAAGCCUGCAGAAAACCCCAAAGAUGAUGCUCUGGAAGAUGAUUAUCUCCCAAGCCGCGUGCCCACACCACUGAAUUUACUUCAGUCAUUCGAGAACGACCCAGCUCUGGUCGGUGUCCACCCCCGGCUUUCGGCCAUGCGCAUCAGCAAAGUCACGCCGAGUGCUCCUGUUGCAAGGGAAAUGGUCCGCCCUAUCCGGAAUGGCCAAAAGCCUAUAUUCAGGGUGCUCCCACCGCUCAUAUGGAGAGUAAGAUAUUCAAGACUCCAUGCGUCAGUGAAUGAUCUAUCUUUGAUCGCUUCCCUGGACCUAGAAGUUGCCCAGUUCGCUACAUAUGACGUUAGAAUCAAGAAUGUUAAGCUGGCAUUACAUGGCGGCAAAACCAAAGAGCUGAGCACGGAACAAGACGCAACAGUUAGCCAUAAGCCUGGCGACCAACUGACAUAUCUGUACAAGAUUAUGCCAGAUCUUUCCCCUGAUGGAACCCCAUCACUUGGAACUAAGGGUCACUAUCUAAUACUCAACGUUGAGGCCAAUGUCACCAUGUCCAGCGAUUGCCGACCGGACAUUGCAAUUGAAUGGAAAACACCCGUCGAUUUUGCAUCUGAACAAGCAUCUGGCCAUGCCAAGGCUUUUCACCGUCCCACCAGCUCUAUGAGUCAAGCGACAAACGCAUCUAAUCCGGAUGCUCUUGUCGGGUCUGAUUCUCAAGAUCAGCACGGGCAUGCACUCUCGAGUAACGAGGUGAAUGUCACACUUACGAUUUCUGGGCCACCCAGCAUUCAAGUUGGCGAGAUCUUUACAUGGGACGUAUUCAUUGUCAACCGAUCCGAUAAAAUGCGAAGGCUAGCAAUCUUGGUCAUUGUAAAGCGACCAAGAGAUGGUGAGAAGAAGCACAGAUCACAUCCAUCCACAUCAUCUGUAGGCGGUCCUCGUGUAGAAAAAAGGGAGUUACUUGCAACAGCCGUCACGGACGAGAAUGUCGUUUAUGCCAAGCAGAAGAGUACAAGGACAGAGACGGCAGAUUUGAUCUGUUUGACGACGGACAUACGCGUAGGCACCAGGCAUAGACUGCUUUACCAGCUAAACAGUCGCUGGAUCUACGGAAAGAUUCCGCUGCUCCAUUCGAUUGUCUUUCUUUUGCAAAUGGCUGCCGUGAGUCUGCUCACGCGCAAGUACAACCAGUACUAUGCAGCGCGACCAGUCCUCACCACAAUGAUCACCAACGCCGUGUUGGGUGGUAUUGCGGACACGGUGGCGCAGACCCUGACUGCUGUGCGAGAGCGCGCCGUUCGCAAGAAGGGCGGCCCAGGCAAGGACGACUUCCUGGCGAUUGAGAUUCACGACCUCGACAAGCGCAAUCCAUUCAACGAGAACGAUCUCAUUCCCGACUCGAAGAAACUGCCGCCGCCUUUUGAUUUCGAGCGCACCACCAGGUUCAUGUCGUACGGUUUCCUCAUGUCGCCCAUCCAGCACAGGUGGUUCAGGUUCCUGUCCGCCACAUUCCCCGUCACAAAGACUGCUACAUGGAUGCCGGCAUUGAAGCGCGUGGCUUUUGACCAAUUCCUGUUUGCCCCAGCUGGUCUGGCUGCAUUCUUUACCUUUAUGACAAUUGCCGAGGGCGGCGGUAAGCGAGCCGUGCAGCGUAAGUUCCAGGAUGUCUAUGUGCCUGCGCUCAAGGCCAACUACAUGGUCUGGCCAGCAGUGCAAAUCAUCAACUUCCGUGUCAUGCCCAUUCAAUACCAAAUUCCUUUUGUAUCCAGUGUGGGUAUUGCCUGGACUGCCUACCUUUCCUUGACCAACUCCGCCGAAGACGCCUAA